AUGCUGUUCGUUCUGCUGGGUCUCGGCCUCUCGCAAGUCGAGUCUGCCACAGAUGGAUUCUGCUACUACCAAACAUCUUGCGGACCUACAUCCUGGCCUGUAACUUAUCCAACCUGCCAAGGCACUGAGCAGUCUCCUAUCAACAUUCAGAAAAACAGAACCAUCCGGGAUGAGCAUCUGGGAGAGUUUAAAUUCCAUCAGUACGACAAUCGACAAUUUCUCACCCAGAUUAAACACACUAAAAUGUCAGUGAAAGUCAGGGUGAAGCCCGGCAUGGAGCUGAGCGGCGGAGGGCUGCGGGCUGUCUACCUCGUCUCCCAGUUCCACUUGCACUGGGGGCAGAACAUCAGUGCCCAGGGCUCCGAACACAUGCUGGACGGCAAGCGGGCGAGCAUGGAGCUCCACAUUGUACAUCGCCAGACAAACCUAACCCUCGAAGAAGCGUUCAAACAUCGACAGGGAUUGGCAGUCCUAGCGUUCUUCAUUGAGAUUGAAAGCGGAAUAGCAGAGGAUCCAGCCUGGAGGAACCUAACGAGGACAAUCAAAUACCUGAAGGAAGAUGGGGAUCACUAUGAUCUGAAUGAAACUGUCUCUCUCAUGGAUUUGAUCAACACUGUUAACCACACGAAAUAUUAUCGUUACAAUGGUUCCCUCACCACACCAGAAUGCAAUGAAGUGGUUGUUUGGACUGUCUUUGAGGAACCCAUCCACCUGAAUGCAUCACUGGUGGAGUGCUUCUUCGAGUACCUCCACGUGAACCAUGCUGGCGGCGACAAGCUGGUGAACAAUUUCCGGCCGGUCCAGUCGAACGGGAACCCAGUGUUGUCCUCGCCCGCCGCCUCAAGAGGAGCGGAUAUCGGGCCCACCCGCUCGCCCGCCGGGGGCACACACGGGGGUGACUCCACCCCGCAGCAGCUGAUGGUUACCACCUCGGGCAGCGCCAGGCGAGGGCCUCUCUUCCUCGUCCUCCUGCUCCCCCUCGCCGGCCUCUUCCUCCGGCCCGUCUGA